AUGGUCUAUAAUGGUGAAACAAUGAUCAAUGAAAUGCCGCUGAAAGUUUGUGAUAACAAAUACAAGGUGUUUUUUAACCGUGCAACAACUGUCACUGCCGUUGACGUACCAGACAUUCUAGGACAUCAAUUUAACUUCAAGUCAUUCACUGACUUCUUGAGUGGAGAGUUCAUCCCUGAUCGCCUAUACGGUAUUCCUUCUCAUUUUCAUGUUUUCAGUUCAUUUUCAUAUACGACUGUCUUUUCAGAUGUAAUAGGUGCUGUCCAACAUGUUAUCAGGACACAACGUUUGUCUAUUUCACCAUUUUGCAACGUAUUUGUUGGUAGUCAUGUAAAUGAUUUCAAGUUGUGUAUGACACUGAUUUCAACUUGUAUUUGUAGUGGGACUGAGAUAGAUGUUACUCUAUUUGAAGCAAAUGGAAAGCUCAACAUUUCGAAUGCGUGGAGUGGAUCUAAACUGCUACUAAAUCAUGAUCAUCCACAAGUUGAGGAAUUUAAGACAAAAUUUCUGGAUGUUAAUCAAGAACAAACAACUACCCAACCAUUUUCUCUGAAUUCGUGUUCGCAAGGAGCAAUUGACGACAGGGCUUUUUCAUUCACCAAGGAUGUUCUAAGCAUUGCUGAGAUGACCCAUCUUACUGAAGUACUAUUUUAA